UGGCUUCUAUGACCGACCGGGGAAAGAGCUUUUUUCGAGUAAAAAAAUUCGUUCCUCUCGAUUCCAUCAUCUCCAUUCAUACUCAAUCCUCUAAAACACCACCUCCUCCCAUCUACUCUCCGACUUGCGCCUUCAUCCUUUUUCUUUUCCUGUACUCUAUACCCAUAUACCCAUAAUCAAAAUGCUGGCUUCGCGCUUGUCGAGGGCUCUUCCCCGAGCUUCCCCUCUCGCCGCUCGCUCGGCUGCUUUCACCCGAUCUCCUCUGGCUGCCAAGUUCGCUCGCUAUGAGUCCACUGAGUCUGAGGGCAAGGUCCAGGGUGCCGUGAUCGGUAUCGAUCUUGGUACCACCAACUCUGCCGUCGCCAUCAUGGAGGGCAAGGUCCCCCGCAUCAUUGAAAACUCGGAAGGUGCCCGAACCACUCCUUCAGUUGUUGCUUUCGCCGAGGAUGGCGAGCGACUUGUCGGUGUCGCUGCCAAGCGUCAGGCCGUCGUCAACCCAGAGAACACCCUCUUCGCUACCAAGCGAUUAAUAGGACGCAAGUUCAAGGAUGCUGAGGUUCAGCGUGAUAUCAAGGAGGUCCCUUACAAGAUCGUUCAGCACACCAACGGCGACGCCUGGGUCGCUGCUCGUGGCCAGAACUACUCUCCCUCUCAGAUUGGUGGUUUCGUCCUCAACAAGAUGAAGGAGACCGCCGAGGCCUACCUCUCCAAGCCCAUCAAGAACGCCGUCGUCACCGUCCCCGCUUACUUCAACGACUCUCAGCGACAGAGCACCAAGGAUGCCGGUCAAAUUGCCGGUCUUAACGUUCUCCGUGUCGUCAAUGAGCCUACUGCCGCCGCCCUUGCCUACGGUCUUGAGAAGGAGGCUGACCGCGUUGUCGCUGUUUACGAUCUUGGCGGUGGUACCUUCGAUAUCUCUAUCCUCGAGAUCCAGAACGGUGUCUUCGAGGUCAAGUCCACCAACGGUGACACCCACCUUGGUGGUGAGGAUUUCGAUAUCCACCUCGUCCGCCACCUUGUCCAGGACUUCAAGAAGACCUCUGGCAUUGACCUGUCUGGGGACCGCAUGGCUAUCCAGCGUAUCCGUGAGGCCGCUGAGAAGGCCAAGAUCGAGCUUUCUUCUUCCCUCUCUACCGAUAUCAACCUUCCUUUCAUCACUGCCGACUCCUCUGGUCCCAAGCACAUCAACAUGAAGCUCAGCCGAGCUCAGCUUGAGAAGAUGGUUGACCCUCUCAUCACCCGCACCAUCGAGCCCGUCCGCAAGGCCCUCAAGGAUGCUGGCCUCUCCGCUAAGGAGAUCCAGGAGGUCAUCCUCGUUGGUGGUAUGACCCGUAUGCCCAAGGUUGCUGAGUCCGUCAAGAGCAUUUUCGGCCGCGACCCCGCCAAGUCCGUCAACCCCGAUGAGGCUGUUGCCAUUGGUGCUGCUAUUCAGGGUGCUGUCCUUUCUGGUGAGGUCAAGGAUCUUCUCCUCCUCGAUGUUACCCCUCUGUCCCUCGGUAUUGAGACCCUCGGUGGUGUCUUCACCCGUCUGAUCAACCGAAACACCACUAUCCCCACCAAGAAGUCCCAGGUCUUCUCCACCGCAGCCGACUUCCAGACUGCCGUCGAGAUCAAGGUCUACCAGGGUGAGCGUGAGCUCGUCAAGGAUAACAAGCUUCUCGGAAACUUCCAGCUUGUUGGUAUCCCCCCUGCUCACCGUGGUGUCCCUCAGGUCGAGGUUACCUUCGACAUUGAUGCUGACUCCAUCGUCCACGUUCACGCCAAGGACAAGUCCACCAACAAGGAUCAGUCCAUCACCAUUGCUUCCGGUUCCGGUCUCUCUGAGAGCGAGAUUGAGCAGAUGGUUGAGGACUCCGAGAAGUACGCUGAGGCCGACAAGGAGCGCAAGGGUGCUAUCGAGGCUGCCAACCGUGCUGACAGCGUCCUGAACGAUACCGAGCGUGCUCUUAACGAGUAUGCUGACAAGCUCGACAAGACUGAGGCCGACUCCAUCAAGGAGAAGAUCACCACUCUCCGUGAGUUCGUCGCCAAAAACCUCUCUGGUGAAGGCACCGCCACCGCCGCUGAGAUCAAGGAGAAGACCGAUGAGCUCCAGGUUGCCAGCUUGAACCUCUUCGACAAGAUGCACAAGGCCCGCAACGAGAGCAGCGGCGAGCAGUCUUCCUCUUCUGAGCAGUCUCAGGAGGGUGAGAAGAAGGAUGAGAACAAGCCUUAAGAGUCUUGAUUCUGUGUUAUAAAAACUUGUUACAAUAUCUGAGGAUGAGAGAUCUGUGCGGCUCAGAUCUCUCACCUGUCCUGUAUUUCACUGUAUUCAUAUCCCGCCUAGCCGCUUUUACACUUUUUACCCAUAUCAUGUUUCAGGGUUGGCGGAUCUGGCGUUGGAGCUUUAAAACCUCUAUUGAGAGAGAUCUUUGGUUGUUUUUUUGAGAUGAUGUCACGGAAUGGGGGAUCAUGUUGUAUAUCUGUAUCAUGACUUGCCUAUAGGUAGACUAAUCACACAUCCCCCCUCAAAACAUGUUUACCUUCAUGGUACUCAAUAUGACUUGAUGUUUUAUGUACGCAUGUUCCUUUGCUCAUGAUUAUGAUUGUGUUAAAUAUGUUGAUAUUCAAUGAAAGAUUGAUGAUCGUGAUAUAUCAUGACAUCCAUCCCCAAGCAGUAUUAAGUCUGUUUACACCGUGCCAGUGAAUCGUUUUCGCCUUCUUCUGUCCCUCUUUACCCCCCACACUCUCUAGUAGACUCCCUCCGUUUAACUCCAUCAUCGAACGCGCAGGCUUUAACCUUGAUGCAUGUGGUGCUGGCAACUGGAAAGUAUCGUAUAAAGACCCACGCUCAUUAGGAUUCUGGAGCGGUACUCGUUCACCUCGGAAAGCAGUAUCCGCAAACAGAAGCUGUCGAGAUUCGAUCUCGACCUCAGAGACUGGUCUCACCUUUUGUUCGUUUGUUUUCUUUUUGCUUCUUCUGCUGCUUCUGCUGCUUCCGCCUGAUGACGAUGGUGUUGGUGAGGGCGGGGGAUAUGUGGUGUUGAGAAACCAGCCGCGGCGUUGGGAAAGGCGACGCUCAAGGAGUUGCCGGAGGAUUGAUACGAAGAGAGAUACGACGGCGAGAACGAUUAUUAUGGCGAUGAUUGUCGCUGGAUAAGGAUGUAUCGAGGUGUGCUUGGGAUGCCAGCCUCGCGAUGGUGUUUCCAACGCUGGGUCUUGGUCCAUCAUGCGCAGGUUUUAAUAGUUAAUGAGAGUGAGUACAAAAAAAAAAAAAAAAAAAGAACAAAGACAACAGAAUGUGAGCCUGAGUGAAAAAUGAAUGUGAGGCUAACAAAAAUCAGAGAGCUUGGACCGCUUGGUGUAGAGGCCCAACAAGCAUCUUGCGAUCACGAUUGAAGGUGAAGCGCAGUUGAAGUUGAAAACGGGAAGAUGAAAGUAUCACUACGAGUACCACGAGAUUAUCAACAGUAAAUAAACAAGGUUCCAUCAGUCACGAAGCAAGCUACGGCGAGGAAGCAAGGUCCUGUCUUGUACAGGAAUGGAGUAGAAUGAGACCAAGCAACCAGUCGACAACAAGGAACAGGGAUGGAUAUAUAAGACAUUUCACAACGAAUUCGGCCAUUAAUAAAAGUGGAUAAGACAUCUGGAAAACGUGCUAAGGAAUCGACG